ACGGUAAGUCCGGUUCUCUGGUCCUAGUUGGGCGUGGGGAGUUGGAGCCCGACUCCCGAGCCCGCAGUUUGUGCCUGAGGGCUCCGGAGCCCCCGCGCGAGGGCCACCCCGCCCCCUGGACCCGCGGCCACGUGCGAGCUGCAAGCCCGGGCUUGUCUGAUCCGCGCGGUCCGGGAACCGAAGCUGGGCCUGGCGGGGCAGCGGGGAAUACCGGGUGGGCCUAGAAUCAGGGGCUGGGGUCGUACAGCGUCUUCACAAAGAAGCAGAUGCCUGGAGUUACUGUAAAAGAUGUGAACCAGCAGGAGUUCGUCAGAGCUCUGGCAGCCUUUCUCAAAAAGUCCGGGAAGCUGAAAGUCCCUGAAUGGGUGGACACUGUCAAGCUGGCCAAGCAUAAAGAACUCGCUCCCUAUGAUGAGAACUGGUUCUACACACGAGCUGCUUCCACCGCCCGGCACCUAUACCUCCGGGGCGGCGCUGGGGUCGGCUCCAUGACCAAGAUCUAUGGGGGUCGUCAAAGAAACGGUGUCAUGCCCAGCCACUUCAGCAGAGGCUCCAAGAGCGUGGCCCGUCGGGUUCUCCAAGCCCUGGAGGGGUUGAAAAUGGUGGAAAAGGACCAAGAUGGGGGCCGCAAACUGACACCUCAGGGACAGAGAGAUCUGGACAGAAUCGCCGGACAGGUGGCAGCUGCCAACAAGAAGCAUUAGAACAAAUGAAGCUGGGUUAAUAAACUGCCUCGUUCAUAA